AUGCUUGAAGUAUUUGAAAUAUUUUAUUGCCCGCCCAAGAGUUCAAACUCGAAAAGUCCACAGCAAGUAAGCUCUGGGAGCCAUUUGGAUGAAUAUUUGAAGUAUCGUCAAGAAAAGACUCCAGCAAAGGCGAUGAUAAUGCUCAAUGACGAAAGCGCUGAAAACUUCUGUCCUUUCUUUCUACACUUCAAAGUGCUUACGGCCAUAAUCUAA